GACCAUUAGGAGGAGAAGAAUCCUGUGAACCGGGGACCUCACCGUCUGCAACCUGAUUGACAAACAUCACCAACGCCCAUGCACUUGAAAUAUAGGAAAUGAAUCGAGCUACCAGAAGAGUCUCUUUUUCCCGAUAAUUGAGAGGAGAUCUAGCCCACUGCCAGCUGCACCACUUCUGCUCUUUGUGCGUCCGCUCCCCCUGUUUGAUAGCGCAGCAGGCAAAGGCCGAUUGUUCUCUUUGCGGCUCGUGAGUUGAGAGUGAAACAGCUCUGACAGUCUAUUGUAUAGCCUAAUAGCUAUUGGAGUGAGAGACUGUUCGCCCCUUCAUCUGCUUCUCUUCGACGAUCUGCCCCUCCGUCCUGCUGACUCCUCUUCACUCUGUGUCCAUCCAAAAUGGCAACGAAAAUCGAUAAAGACGCUUGCAGAGAAGCUUACAACCAAGUCAGGGACGAUAACACAGAGAUAAAUUGGGCGUCGUUUAUAUACGAGGGCUCUAUGAUCGUAUCUGGGGGACAAGGCACCGACUAUGAGGAAUUCAAGAGUCAGUGCAAAGAUGAUGUCCGUCUCUAUGGCUUCGUGAGGAUCACGACGGGGGACGCCAUGAGCAAGCGGGCCAAGUUCACCCUGAUCACGUGGAUCGGAGAGAACGUCAGCGGACUGCAGCGGGCCAAGAUCAGCACAGACAAGACGCUGGUCAAGGACAUCGUGCAGAACUUUGCCAAGGAGUUCAUGAUCAGUGACAUCCGGGAGCUGGACGAGAACUACAUCCGCACUGAGCUGAAGAAAGCCGGCGGUGCCAACUAUGACGCCCAGGCCGAGUAGCGAGUCCGGGGGGUCCCCAGGCAGCGGUGUUUGGGUGGGGUAGGGGUGGGGGUGGGGGGGGGGUUAGGAGAGGAAGUUGAAAGGAAAGGGGAAUGAUGCAUGGGGAGCUAAAGGUAGUGUGGACUUUGGUAGGACAUCAGGGAGAGAGAAAGAGAGAGCGGGAAUAAACAACUUCUGAAUGGACAUCACACAGACACACAGACACACAGACACACAGACACACAGACACACAGACACACAGACACACAGACACACAGACACACAGACACACAGACACACAGACACACAGACACAAACAUUAAAGUGGAGGGGCAAAACAAUGUUGCUUUUUUUGGUACUACACAUACUGUAUAUGCAUGUUGCAAAAACACACUGACAUACAUUGAUACAAACACACCAAACAUAAUGCCAACCAAACAAGAACCCUCUCCCCUGUAGCCUGUAUGCCCUGUCUUAGUUAUUAUGUCAUGGUCGCUCAUCUACUGUGCAGUGCAUCAUCAUCUCACAUGUCAUCAUCUCAACCUGUGCUGUAGAGGAGCUAAAGAACCACUUGGCAACAUUGACAACGACACUAUCUGAACAUCACUCUUUACCACAACUAGACUCGGAUAAAAACAACAAAUGGAGGUCUCCUCUGAAUUCUAUAUUUUAUUGGCCUUUAGUAUUACAAAAUUUGGAACAUGAGCACACCGUGAAUGAUUUCUUUUGGUGCAACAAUCCACCUCAAUGCGGCUUAGAACCUAAUGAUGAUCAUCACUAUGGAUGAUAAAUUAGUUUUUUCUUUUCGGGGCCAACAUUCAUACAUGUGGUGCAAGUAGAAGCGUAUACCUUCCUAAUUGUUCGAUAAAAGUGGGCGCAAAAAGAGUUAACAGUAAUGAAUGUGGUGGAAUGUCAUCUUGCACUUGCACUUGCACAGGAUUUGCAUCUUGCUAGGUAGCCCUUUGGUGACUCGUGAAAUCCCACCAAGGCAGUAAUGUAUGGAUAACAGCCUAACGAAUUGUUGCAGUUACAUUUUGUUGCAAUGUUGUAUUUUUAUUUUUUACAUUAAACUAGACCUUUUAUGGCUGUUUGGUUUUUAAAUGCAACUCCUUGUCCUCCCAAGUCUCUUAUGUUUGAUUUGAUUUUCAUGUCUUGAGUUUUUUAACAAGAGCAAUGUUAACAAUAGUCACGAGGCGCUCCUGUUCUGUGACAGGAACUGGAAAGGAGACACAUGAGAUUCUAGGCCACUGAUGGGCUAUCAUUUCCCAUGGAGGUUCAGGAGUUUAUUUUAGGCUUUUCAUUCCAUCAAAUAACUAUACCCAAUGAAUCCACCGAAUAAUGGAGGAUUUAAACACUGAAACUGGAAGGUGUAGAUACGGGUUUGUAAAUGGAAGGCACGAUAGCACACAAACAAUUGCUCCCUUUUUUCAGUUCAGUUUGAGCAUGUACAGCCUUAUUACCUACCUAACGGGCAUAGAAUGUGAAAACAGAAAUCGUACAGAUAUUUACCCCCAAAUUACAGAACAACAUUGGCAUUGUAAUCUAUCUAAGAUAUGGUUGAAUUCUUCUGGUACUAGAUAUUCAUGAGUAUGAGCUUUUUGAAGUUAAACAAACAGACAGACAGAAAAGGUCUUUGUCCUGAUAGCCCCUUUGGACCCUCCACCUAUUUGAGGUAUCAUGCAUAUUGUAACCCAAUGUGCUGAAUGCCUUAAUCUCCCAUGGAGAGAGGGGCAUCAUGGGAGUUUGUGGACAUUACACUGUGAUUGGUUGUACUCCAUUUUUAGGGUUUAUAUUGACCCAUACCUUACUUGGUAGAGCAGCCAUGUUGAAAUGUCAUCCUACCCCUCAAGCAGCCAUUUAUUGGUUGUAGUAAAUUGUUUUGAACCAUCCUAAAUGAAAUAUCGUAUUUUCUUUCUUUCUCUUGUACUGUUCUGAAUUUGUCUUUUGAGAUGAGUUUUAUUUUCUCUUAAGAGAUGUACCUUUGAUAUCAACGUAAGAGCCAUGUUAUCUUGGUAAUUGGAAGAAAAUAUAAUACAAAAAAAACAAGAAUAACAGGAAAGGAAAUGUAACGGGCACAAUCAUUUCAAAAUUAAAGCUGUUUUUUUCCUAAA